CCUUCUAUUACCAUUACCGAAGUCGUGGUGAACCAAGGGCUGGGUACUCAUCAACCCAUAUCCAAUCUAUGCGAGGAUCUCAAGCAGUCUGAUGGAUCAUGUUGCGGUUAUCUGACAAUGGACGAAGAAGAAAGCCGGUACUUCGUUUAUACUAUUUCUUCUCAGUGCAGAAACUCAUUAACAUCCAUUUCCCUCGAUCAUAUUCUUCGAGGUGAUGUAUCCCCUUCACCAACACGCCGGCAACGCUACGCCAUAUCACUCGUCUUGGCAUCUUCCUUCCUCCAGCUUCUCGAGACGCCUUGGUUAACCUCCUCUUUCCGCAGAGAGGACAUUACUUUCUUCAGUGACCCUAAUAAAACCAAUGUUUUCCUCCUUGAUCAGCCCCAUAUCGGGCGCGUGCUUGCUGCAACUUCGUCUAUGGAUGGAGUAGCUGUAAGCUUAGCACAAUCUCUAGAUCAGUUUGGAAUCCUAUUACUUGAAUUAUGUUUUGGAAAGUUGUUGGCUGAUCAACCAUUAAGAAAACAAUGGCGUACUGGAGAGACUGAGGAGGAGCAGGCCAGAUUUGAUGCUAUGGCUGCGAGAGAUUGGCAAUGUGAAGUGAUUGAGGAGGCUGGCCCAGAUUAUUCGGAAGCUGUUGCAUGGUGUCUUGGUGGUAAUCGGAGCACACCACCCGAGAGAUGGAGACAAGAUAUGCUGAGGAAAGUAGUGUUGCCACUGCAGCGCUGUCAGGAAUACUUUAUGAAUAGUAGGAUGGUAUGA